UUUCUCAAACUUUCACCACAAAUAAUCUCUGCUUUGCUCUCUCUUCCUACUCUCUGUUCAUUCUCUCUUCUGUUUUCCUUUCCUUUCCAAACAGAGCCCAAAAAAGUUAUGGCAUUCCCAUUCUCUGUUGUCAUACUCUGUUUUCUUCUAGCCCCGGUCCUUAUUUCCUCUUCCCCAGUUCAAGAUCCUGAACUUGUAGUUGAACAAGUACACAAGAGCAUCAAUUCUUCAAGAAGAAAUCUGGGUUACCUUUCUUGUGGUACAGGUAACCCCAUUGAUGACUGCUGGAGAUGUGAUCCCAAUUGGGAGAAGAACCGAAAGCGUUUAGCGGAUUGCGCAAUUGGGUUCGGGAAGCAAGCCAUUGGAGGCCGAGAUGGUAAACUGUAUGUGGUAACUGAUGCAGGGGAUGACCCAGUGAAUCCCAAACCAGGAACUCUUAGAUAUGGUGUUAUACAAAAUGAACCACUCUGGAUCAUCUUCAAAAGCAACAUGGUGAUCAAGCUAAAGCAAGAGCUUAUAAUGAACUCUUUUAAGACGAUUGAUGGUCGAGGAGCAAGUGUCCACAUUGCUGGAGGACCAUGCAUUACCAUCCAAUAUGUGACUAACAUUAUAAUUCAUGGUCUUAAUAUCCAUGACUGUAAGCGAGGAGGGAAUGCAUAUGUGAGAGACUCUCCAAGUCAUUAUGGAUGGAGGACCAUAUCGGAUGGCGAUGGAGUUUCGAUUUUCGGUGGAAGCCAUAUUUGGGUUGAUCAUUGUUCUCUAUCUAAUUGCAAUGAUGGUUUGAUUGAUGCUAUCCAUGGAUCCACAGCCAUCACCAUCUCUAACAAUUACAUGACACAUCAUAACAAGGUCAUGCUUUUGGGACACAGUGAUAGCUACAAACCAGAUAAGAACAUGCAAGUUACCAUUGCCUUCAACCAUUUUGGAGAAGGGCUUGUUCAAAGGAUGCCAAGAUGUAGACUUGGAUAUUUCCAUGUGGUAAACAAUGACUACACACAUUGGAACAUGUAUGCAAUUGGCGGCAGUGCUGCCCCAACUAUCAAUAGCCAAGGCAAUAGAUUUCUUGCACCAGAUGACAGAUUCCACAAAGAGGUAACCAAAUAUGAGAACACACCACAGAGCGUGUGGAAGAAUUGGAAUUGGAGGUCAAAAGGAGAUUUGUUCAUGAAUGGAGCUUUCUUCACGUCAUCUGGUGCAGGAGCUUCUUCAAGCUAUGCUAGAGCAUCCAGUUUGAGUGCAAAACCAUCUUCUCUUGUGGGUUCAAUGACUUCAGGAGCAGGAGCGCUUAUAUGCAGGAGAAGCUCGCGUUGCUGAUUUUUCUGGUGCUCUUAAAAGUUGGUGAUAGUCAUAAUAUUGGCAAAAGUGAGAAUUUUUAUAAAAAUAUAUUUAUAUAAAACAAGAAAGAUAAUCCAAUUGUAAUUAUAUGGUAAAUUGGAUUUAUAUAUCUUCUUGGAUAUUGUAUUGUUUUUCAAAAAUUUUACCUAAAAAAAGUUAACAACCUUAGCUUGCUUGUCCUAGACCCACUAUCUUGUAACUUGUGCAGAAAAACCUUUCAUGGGGUUGUAAUUAAGAUAUAAUAGCUAAAGCGUUGUUUUUGUUUUCUUGUU